AUGUGUAUCAGAAAUCACGCAUUCGUGUAUCCAUUGACCACGAGUCGUUCGUCCGAACAUCAUAUGGAAGAUACAGUAUCAAGAGAAAUAGAUGAUUUAGUUCUUCGAUUCCAAAAGUUAUCAUUGAAUGACUGCGAAACGAAUCAGACGGUCCGAAGUACGGUGUUGCAGAGAAAUGACGCGUUCAACGGUGUAUCGUCUACGUUAAGUCAUCCAUAUAGGUAUCCAUUAAGAUAUAUUAUAUCAGAAGAUCAUAUAGAAGAUUUGAUAUUACGAUUUAAAAAACUCUCGUUGAAUGACGGCGGAAACGGCCAAACUGUUACAAGUAGUGUGUUGCAGAGAAACGACGUGUUUGUCGAUGCACUGACCGCUAAUCGUGUACCUGCUUCACGAGAAACUACGUCCGAUAUGGAUAUAGAGGAUUUAAUUAUACAGUUUCAAAAGCUCUCUCUGAAUGACAAUGGGAAUAGCCAAACAAUUACAAGUACGGACUUACAAAGAAACGGCGCAUUGAUUGGUACAUCGCCCGUGAAUCGAUUACCUGCAUAUCCUGCACGAGAAACUACAUCCGAGGAUAUAGAUGAUUUGAUAUUACGAUUUCAAAAGCUCUCGUUGAAUGACAGUAAAGACGUCCAAACGGUUACAAAGUCAGUGUUACGGGGAAAUCUUGCAUUUGUCGAUUCAACUGCUCUGACAACUAUUUUGGCUCCACAAACAUCUGAAUAUCAUAGUGGAAGUAUUACCAUGUUUAAAGAAAUAGAAGACUUAACAAAACUUCGUUUCCAACAGCUGUCAUCGAAUUUCUGUGGAACAAAUCAAAUUGAUCUAAAUACGAUCUUGUUGAAAAAAAGCGAAGUAUUCGUCAGUCUAUUCACCAUGAACCUUUCAUUUGAAUGUCCUAUGUCCGGAAAAAUAAAGGAUUUAAUUCAACAAUUUAAAAUUUAUCAUACGUGGUGCACAAACGGUUCAUCAAUCACACGAGUUAGUGGAAUGAGUAUCAUUGAAAUACUCAGUUUCGUAUGACCCAUGGACUUAUCAAAAUAAAAUGUAAUAUAUCGAAACAUGCGGUAACCCUCGCCCCUCGUACAUGUUGUUACUUGUGGGAGAGGGAAAUAUCCCCUGAUGUAAUUACUUAGCGUAACUAACGAUUAUUACCUCUAUCCUAUAUCUGUACCAAGCUAGAGAUA